AAUUUCCGGGACACUUCAUUGACCAUCAUGGCGCUCUCUAAAACGGUCUACAACCUGCUCUUCAGAAGAUCGUCCACUUUCGCCGUGACUGUUGUCGUAGGCGCUGUUUUCUUCGAGAGAUUGUUUGAUCAGGGUGGAAAUGCUUUAUUUGAAAGCAUAAAUCGGGGGAAACUCUGGAAACACAUCAAACACAAUUAUGAGCAGAAGGAGGAAUAAUAACGGGGGAUUUGAUGCAGCCAGUGGAGCCUUCAGUCAUCCGUUCUGUCAUCAUCCAGCUCUCAUGUGGGCCUGACUGAGGAUCCGCUGGUGUUUUCAGUGUUCUGCGACCGGUGUUUUCCACCAUCCAGCCGGAUUGAAGAUCUGCGGACACAAACAGAGACUGAUCACUGAAUUAUUGUUGUGUGUUUUGUCACAUUCUUCCUCAUUUGUAAUGUGCUUAUAAUUUAGUUCUGUAUUAAUAAACUCAACAAUGAAACUCA